AUGGCUUGCGGUCUACAGCUCAUCCAGCCUCCCGCAGUCCGCACUAUCGCAGGCGUGGCGGUAUUGUUCGAAAUCGAGCGCGCUGGCCAUCACAGCGUGCGCCUACAGCUCCCCCCUCCGUUUCCUCAUUUCCCCCUCUACGCCAUGCAGUCCACACUAUCGCAGGCGUGGCGGCACUGUUCGAAAUCGAGCGCGCUGGCUGUCACAGCACGCGCCUACAGCUUCCCCCUCCGCUUGCCCAUUUCCCCUUUUCCCCAUACCCUGCGCAUGCGCUCUAUUGCGGGCGUGGCGGUACUGUUUGCGAUGGAGCGCGCGCUCGCCGCCACUGCGCGCACCUACAGCUUCCCCGUGCCCGCGCCCGUGCUGAUGCUGGCGGGAAUCGGCGCGCUUAUGGCGACCGGGCUGAAAGAGGCGGAGAUGGUGUACGAUUGGUGCUACCCAGCCAUCUCGUUCUUCGACCAAUGGAUGCCCCUCUUCUUCGUGCCCUCCGUUGCAUCUAUUGCUCUCGCCCCUCUCCCAACCGGUCUCAACCUGACCAAGUCGAUCGCCCUGCUCCUCUCCUCCUACCUCCUCACCCUCUUCCUCUCCGCCCUCGUAGCCCGCUCUAUAGGCCAACUACUCGACUCAUGGGGGUCAUUUGCUAGCAGCCUGGCGGAAGGGAGCAGGGGAAAGCGGGGGAGGCGGAAGAGGGGGCCUGCGGGGGACGGGAGCAUGAGCGAUGGGGAGAAGGUGGAGCGGAUAGGGGACGCUGCGCGCAUGUGGGGCAAGCAGGCCGCGCAGAAGGGCGCCAAGGCGCUGGCGCAGGCUGCCAUGGGCGCGGGGGAGAAGGAUGUGGCGCAGGUGAGUGGGGGGAAAGGGAGGAAAUGGGAAAUGGGGGAUGGGGGGCGGGGGAAUGGGGAAUGGGGAAUGGGGGGCGGGGGAAUGGGGAAUGGGGGAUGGGGGGCGGGGGAAUGGGGAAUGGGGGAUGGGGGGCGGGGGAAUGGGGAAUGGGGGAUGGGGGGCGGGGGAAUGGGGAAUGGGGGAUGGGGGGCGGGGGAAUGGGGAAUGGGGGAUGGGGGGCGGGGGAAUGGGGAAUGGGGGAUGGGGGGCGGGGGAAUGGGGAAUGGGGGAUGGGGGGCGGGGGAAUGGGGAAUGGGGGAUGGGGGGCGGGGGAAUGGGGAAUGGGGGAUGGGGGGCGGGGGAAUGGGGAAUGGGGGAUGGGGGGCGGGGGAAUGGGGAAUGGGGGAUGGGGGGCGGGGGAAUGGGGAAUGGGGAAUGGGGAAUGGGGAAUGGGGAAUGGGGAAUGGGGGAAUGGGGGGAUGGGGGGAUGGGGGGAUGGGGGGAUGGGGGGAUGGGGGGAUGGGGGGAUGGGGGGAUGGGGGGAUGGGGGGAUGGGGGGAUGGGGGGAUGGGGGGAUGGGGGGAUGGGGGGAUGGGGGGAUGGGGGGAUGGGGGGAUGGGGGGAUGGGGGGAUGGGGGGAUGGGGGGAUGGGGGGAUGGGGGGAUGGGGGGAUGGGGGGAUGGGGGGAUGGGGGAUGGGGGAUGGGGGAAUGGGGGAAUGGGGGAAUGGGGGAAUGGGGGGAUGGGGGAAUGGGGGAAUGGGGGGAUGGGGGAAUGGGGGAAUGGGGGGAUGGGGGAAUGGGGGAAUGGGGGAAUGGCCCAGCUAGCAGUGAAAGCAGCCAAGGCCCUCGACAAAUUGGCAGUGAAAGCAGCCAAGGCGCUCGACAAAGUGGCGGACAGCAUCAAAACGCCUGCCAGACAAAGACUUCCAACCUCCCCACUCCCUGUCGCUGUCCUUGCUUCUUCUCCUCUUCCUGUUCGCAUUGGCAGUGAAAGCAGCCAAGACGCUCAACAAGGUGGCGGACAGCAUCAAAACGCCUGCCAGACAAAAACUGCCGCCUGCAGCCUUCCCACUCUCUGUCCCCUGUCCAUGCCUCUCCCAUCCCUCUCUUCCUUGCUUGAUUGUCCCUUGGACCCCCCCUCUCCCGCCUGCUUCCAGUUGGCAGUGAAAGCAGCCAAGGCACUCGACAAGGUAGCAGACAGCAUCAAAACGCCUGCCAGACAAAAGCUGCCGCCCCUGCCGCUCUCCUCCGCCAAGUACCUGUACCUCGCUGCCGCCCUCAUGCUCUCUCCUGCGCUCCUCACUCCCGUGCCCACCGCCCAAAUGGUAGCGCCGGGCCUUCUCCUCCUUUCUAUCGCUGUCUUUCAGUCCGCCAAAACCCUGCCUGCCAACGUGCGCUCACUGCUAGUCCCCACAGUAGCAGCAGGCGGCGUGAUGACGUCUCUCAUGGCCAUGUACGGCUCCUAUGCUCUCAACAACUGGCAGGCGGGCAUUCGCCUCUACUCCCAAGGGGCAGGAGCAUUUCUUGUCGCUCUGAUCGGGCCUGCAGUGGGGGCGUUGGGCUUUAAGGUAUUCACGGAGAAAUCGCUGCUCAAGAGAUACGCUCUUGACAUUGCUGCCACGUGUGCAAUCAUGGUGCCAAUCCAGUUCAUGGUGACAGCGCUGCUAGGGAGGCUGCUCAUGGCGCCCAGCAUCGUCAUCAACUCGCUCAUCCCCUCACACACCACCCUGGGUCUGGCCAUCGAGAUGGUGCCGCUGCUCUCUGCCAGCACAGGCCUUGUCGUGGCGGGUGUGACUAUAGCGGGCACCACCGGUAUUAGCACGGCCAGAACCCUCCUUGAUCAGUGGAAGGUGCGGGACGCCAUUCACAGGGGCCUGGCAGUGGGCAUUGCAUCACACUCCCUCGGCACCUCUGCUCUGGUUGCUGAGGAGCCACGCUCUGCUGCAGUGUCGGGCCUGGCCUUUGCUCUCAAGGGCACACUCAGCGUUAUCCUCAUCUCCAUCCCGGCCUUCCGAAUUGCGCUGCUCCAGUUGGCUGGCACUGCCUAA